AUGCUCUUUUCACCAGAACCUGACAUAAGAAUAUGUUACAAGCAUCCCAGGAGCUUCGAAACCUUUGAAGACUCCUUCGAGUUCUUCUCAACAUCAACCCGGAACUUGUUCUCUUUUGGGCAUGUUAUGAAGUCAGUUUUCUUCAGCGUUGCUCGACAGAUUGGACAUAGCCCAGUUGUUGGAGUUCGCCAACUGGAGAGGAGAUAUUCCUGCACAUCCUACGUGCACAUGGUGUGA